CUUGCAGGUGCAGUAAAGAGUGCUCAUCUAUCUACACGUGUCCCGUACGGAAAUCUGCAAAGGAAAGUGUUCUCCUUUAACUGCAGAGGUCUCCCCAUCCCCUCACACACCUUUACCAGCCCGUGGUUCCUUCCUUCACAGAGCAAGAGGCGGAGGAGAGGACGGAGAUCGUAGAUACGCAUCCUAGUUAAAGUCAAAGAGAACUUCUCCUCGGAGGAAACGGGCGUUUGUGAAGGAGCUUCGUGACGUUUGGAGAUGCUUUUGAUGGUCUCAGCCGGUGAUAUAGCUCCGUUCAUGAUCAGAACAAAACCGAGAGACUAUUUCAAUGACUGAAUGUGCUCGUUUUGAGGAGCAAAGGAGACGUUUCUGUAGGAUUCUCAGUCCGGAGACGUGAUGUCUGCCAGCGCGCGUGCCCUGCUCUUAGUAUUGCUGAGUGUGCUUCAGGCAAAUGGCCAGACAGAGAUGAAGAAGGUGGUUGGAGACAACGCCACGCUGCCGUGCCACCAUCAGCUGUGGCAAGCCGACAUCUCCCUGCUGGACAUCGAAUGGAUGCUGCAUAGAUCCAGCUCACGGCAGAAUGUGGUGAUCACAUACUCUGGCGGGAGGAUCUAUGACACCAACGAAAACGAAGCAAGGCGGCUGUCCCUAGCGGGAGACUAUCUAAAAGGCGACGCCUCACUCUUGAUCAGUGACCUCUCACUCAGCGACUCCGGAGAAUACAUCUGCAAGGUCAAGAACGGCGGGAAGUACUACUGGAACACAGUCAAACUCAUUGUACUCUUAAAGCCGUCUAAACCACGCUGUUGGAUGGAAGGUCGUCUGCUGGAAGGAAGUGAUGUCAGACUGAGCUGCAAGUCCACAGAUGGUUCCGACCCAAUCAGCUACAAAUGGGAAAGAGUCUUAGACAAUGGAAAAUAUGUCGGCAAGCUGCCACCUCUGGCCCUCAUAGAUCUGAAGAACCCUGAGAUUGUGACAUUGAAGAAUCUGACCAGGGAAAGCGCGGGUGUUUAUAAAUGCACCGCCAGCAAUGAUGUCGGAGAAGAAAACUGCACUUUAGAGGUCAAAGUUCACUAUGUCCGGGGGAUGGGUGUGGUGGCUGGAGCGGUGGUGGGUGUGUCCUUCGGCGUUCUCCUCAUCAUCCUUAUCGUCUGGCUUGUUUUCCGCAAAAAAGAGAAGAAGAAAUAUGAAGAGGAGGAAGCACCCAAUGAAAUAAGGGAAGAUGCAGAGGCUCCCAAAGCCAAACUGGUGAAGCCGAACUCUCUCUCCUCCUCCCGAUCUGGUAGUUCUCGCUCCGGGGCCUCCUCCACUCAGUCUAUGGUGCACAACAGCGCCCUCCGUGGGCCCAGGCCUCGACUGCCUGUCGUGGCUGCCCUUAAGGAAAGCGGGCAGGCCGAAAACUUCCCCCCGGUCCCACCGCCGUACAACCAUGUGGUCCCCAAACCUCCGGAGCCCAGCAGUAGCCCCAAAGCCAGCCCGGCCAAACUCAGCCCUGGGAACCUGGCGAGGAUGGGCGCCACACCAGUGAUGAUUCCCGCCCAAACCAAGGCAUUUCAGACUGUGUAGGAAUAAUAAAUGCCCUAAACAUACACACAAACAGAUAAAUACACACACUGCACUCCACAUAUGGUAUCAGGAGCAUUCCCAAAGGAUUUCCCAUUCCCUGCGGAAAAUCCAGGUGGUCAGGCAGAACCGACUCUGUUGGAAAAUAAAUACUUUUGUUGUUUUUAUGUGCACACUGAAAUGGAAGAAGACCCCUUGUGGAGUGUAAAGGGUAAAGACAGAGGAAAAAGGAGGGGGUUUGGUUGUGGAGGGCUGUGCCUUGCGUUAUGAUGAUGGUUUGAGCAAACAUAAGAGGCAGAUAUGAACAGAGAUACAGCUCUGCCUUUACCCAGAGAGACAGCCUGUCUACCUGACCGCACACUUCCUGUCCUUUCUUGGUUUGAACUGACAGAUACAGAACUGGAGAGGAAACUCACAAAAGCGGACUCUUUCCGGCACCUGCUCAUCCGCCCCUACAACGAUCCACAUCUGCCACUCAAUUCCUCUGCCAAUCGCCAUUCGCCAGGCGGCCCAGUGGGCAUCACACCUCAACAGCCAAUGGCAGGUCACCUGCUGGGCACAGACACUGCAAUUGGCCCAGAAUGAGAAUCAAUACACGUCGACAUAAACAGUGACUGUAAAAUUUCUUUGCUCUUCAUAAAUAUUCCAUACGAAUAGACAUAUUCCAUAUUUAAGAGUUACUUAUAAGAAUUCCAUAUAUUUCAGUUGAUUCGUAACGUGUGUGCACAUUCCCUUUAAAUCAUUCAUUCACAUUCUUCAGGAUAACUCAAACAGUAUCUUCAGUAAUGAGGUUGAUCGUCUCAGUGGGGAAAUGGUUUGGCUCUGCUUUGGUUUUCAGUAUUUGCAAUUGAAAUCAGAUGUCUGGUUGGAACAUCCCAUUGGAUGCAAGUAUGAUCAGGUUGGGUCAGGCUUAUUAUGCCCUGGUUUAUAUGGAUAUGUCUAUUAAUAUGGUUUAUAUGGAUCUAAAGUGUCUAAAUGAUGAUGAUGAAUCCGAACAAUCAUCCAUGUGUGGAAUUUAUUUUUAAAGGCUGUCUUUCUCAAAGCUCCACAGCUUCCCCCCCCAUAUAUUUCAUUUGAUAUUCCCAGCUGACAAGAAAUGUUCUCUGAAACAUAUAAUGUUUUUAAAAUUCUAGAAUGGAAUGUUCCCUUAAUAUUCAAAAAAAAACUUUCAGAGAACAUUAAGAGAACAUUCAGAAAUAAUGUUUUAAUGACGUACUUGGAACAUCUGCAAAAUGUUCUUAGAAAUGGUUGUGUAAGCUGGGUUUCUGCUGAAAUUACGACAACGCUUUUUGUUUUAAAACUUUUUAUUAGCAUAAACUGGGAGUUUUCAUAUAUCAGUAUAAAUUAUUUAACCAAAGUUUUUAUUGCGAUUCCAGAAGUUCCAAGAUUCUAAUAUGUUCUUCAAUAAAAGCAAUAUUUAUUUAGAGGGGGGAUAAAAACAGUUUACAGUCCCGAUUUUUCAUAAGUGUGGUUUUAGUAUUUUAAUUAAGUUGAUUUUAAUAGAUUAUCUUUUUAUAAUUUCAACAUAAUUCAUUUUAAGUCAUCCUGAUGCCACUUUGGAAGUUUGCUGAGGCCACUGCUCUACAUAACCCUUCAUUUGUGUGUGUAUGUUUAAUAAAUAUUAUGGUUAAUUUGCUAAUGCUUUCAGUUACCAAUAAGAAUGUAGUACUUUUAGCUCAUUUUAAGACAUUGUAUAUCAUUUUAUUCAAAAAAAUCAACUGAGAAAAUGUAAAAAAAUUUGUCUGGGCCUGCGAAUGAGCUUUGAAUGUGUUCGAUAUUUGAAUAGCUGACUAUUUAGUGUUUUUUCCUCAUUUCAACAAUUACGUUUUAAGAUGAAUUUCGUUUUUUGCUGUUUUAGCAAAAUAAUUCAGCAUUAUUGUAACUGCAGUAGGUUAGAAGCUUUAAAUUCUUGAGUGCAGAUUUUUAUACACAUUAAUAAUUUUGUAUUCUAGUUAUAUUUGGAUUACUCUAAUGCCAUUGCAAAUAUAUUUUCUCUAUUUUUCAGUUGUUUUCCCUCGUAGAUUUCAAUGUUUGAUGAAUUCGAAUGCCCGUGAGAGGCAUUCAUACCCAGACCCAGCUGAAAAAAUGUGCGUGUUAGUGAACAGCAGGGGACCACAACAUGGAUUCCUCCCCUCAAAGAGACAGUCUUGUUAUUUACGUCUUCAGAAAUGAUGUCAGAAAAUAUUCAAAGUGACAGGUCACCCUUAAGGACAGAACAAUGUCUUCUUGCCGAAUAACCAGGGAAUAAGCGUCUCUGCAUGGAACAAGACUUAGAUGUCAAUGCUGGAAGAGGUAAAGGAACCAAAGGCUGAGCUUAUUUAUCUAAAUCCAAUCCUUCACAACUCUUGAGGCCAAUGCAAAAGAACACAGAAUGUGCACCCAGUUCCAUUGAUUUAGCUUCAACCCCCGGCCCGGUCGAUUCCCCGGCUUUAAAGUCUAUUUCCAUGGGCAGGGAAAUUGAGAAAAUGAAGUAAUAUUAGUCAAAAGUACUUCCUUGCAACCCGCUGUUCCUGUACGGCUGAGUCUGCUGUUGAUAUGUGCUGAGACGCAUGGUUCCGUUGAGUUUGUGUUCGGUCAGUCACAGCUGAACAGUUUGAAUGCUGAGCUCUAAUGUUAAACACCCUGCAUACAAUUGCUUGAGAGAAUGUGCAUCUAAACAGUGGACCUGCAUGACACCGAUAGCUAGAGAAAGAUGAAUAUUUUGACUCAGUGCUAAUAUCAGAACAUUAUAUACUAAGAAUCGCAUUAUUAAAGGAUUUUGGUUAAAAUGUUACUAAUGUAAAUACUUUUUGGAUUUAUACGCCGCCUAUCAUUAUACGGAAUAAUGCAAGAUCAAGGUUUUGCACUUCUACAGCUGUGCUCUCCAUAUAGUAGUUUUGUUUGGUCAGUCUGGUGUUUUGACUGCAUGAGUAAAGAAACCAUGAGUCUUUUCCCUCUGUUGUGUGUUUUUUUUUUUUUUUUUUUUUUUUUUUUACAUUACUGGCUAUUUUUUGAUGACAAAAGACAUUGUACAUAUCAUAUUUCCUUUCUUCGUUACAAAUGUAUAUUUGUACAGUAUCUCAAUGAUUUUCUUUUGGUUUGUAAUAAAGCAUUCCGUUGCA